AUGGAACUCGGCUCGUCGAGUAUACAAAAUUCGGUCGAUAACAUCGCGCGCUUCGGUUGGUACGAUAGACGUUACGUUGACGUUACGUUAAGACCUUAGCGAGAUUCAAACGUUGCUUCGGAUAUACGAAAGGCAGUAUGCGCGCGAAGUUGGUGGAUGCAAUGCCGCGAUUACUGGCCGGUAUAUUUAGUUUGAGAUUGGCAUAGGUCGCGAGGAGUUUGCUAGUUGUUAUCUAUUUUCUACGCACGUGGCCUCUAUAGACCGAGAUCUAGCCGGUUAUAAUCGGUGACAGGGUAUGGGCGCGACGUAAGAAACACGCUAGUGACGUUCUCAAAAGAUUUCUUUCACUAAAAGACGCAUCCUUUUAUUCGCAAGUAUUUGAAUAAUAUUCGUUUUCUUUUAGAUGAAACUUCCUUCGGACGAGAUGACGAGUGUACGAGGAUCAAUUUCGAAAACGGUUGGCAACGGUUAGAAACAGAAUUUAUUAGCACGAUAAUGUAUCGGAUAAUCGAUCGAUAAUCAAGCAUUUCAAUUGUUAAAUCUCGCUCCACUUUUAUAGCUUUAUCCUCGUUAAUUGGUACAACGGACAGUUUAAUGCUGUUUAAAAAAAAAGAGAGAGAGAGAGAGAGAGAAAAGAUCAAUGAGAAAUCAAUGGUGGAAUCGAACGGAGAGAGCGAUCGUUAGUGAUUCGUUGAAGGGAAAGGUCAUGGUACGAUGUGAAAAGUGCGGCGGAUACCGGUGUGGUAGAUGCGGAUCGUAGUACGCAUGUUUCGACUAUAGUGGAGCAGACUGGCUGCACGUAACGUGCAUUCGUAUAUACGUUUGUGCCCGACCUAUCGCAAGCUCCGUCAUCGAGAGAGGGCGCGCGCCGAGUGGCGAGAGGUUAUGUUAGGUUAGGGACGUCACCAGCUACUGCGCUCAUCCGCCAGAAUAACUUUAAGCGGGGUUGCACAACUCUAGUUCCCGCCAUGUGGCGCGUGCUCCUUACUUAGCGUGCCUUUAACCGCCGCUGCUAACACCGUACCUUUGCAUAAACGCGUUCCGCUAUUUAUUUUUGGCUUAUCGCAUCGAAAUUUUUUUAUCACCGGCUGUUGACACCGAGUGUUUCAUCGAUCGAAUCGGUCCGUUCGCUCAAUUUUAUUCCGGAAAUUCUAUAUCGCGAAGCCACGUCGUUAUCGCGAUAGAAUUGUUGUUUUAAAGCUGUGUAAUUUUUUUUUCUUUCUUUUUUUUUCAGAUUGCGAAGAAUCGGACAAGAAAUAGAAACUAAACGGGGAUUUUUGUUUUUCGUUUCACACUUUGCAACGAAUGUUUCUGCGCCACGUACGCACGCGGAGAAGACGACUCGAAGAAAAAAAUUACAAAUAUAAAUACAGCUGGAAGUAACGAAAAUGAAAAAAGGAAGAAAACAGGGAGAUCGAUAAUCGAAGGAGAGCGGAAGAGGGGCAGCGCGUCGGAAGGAGCGUUUAGAAAGUGAUAUCCCGGACAAAGAAACGGUGAUUAUCCGAGCGAGUAUAAUGGCGGCACGGACGGUAGCCGACACCAGGAAGCGAGCCGCUUAAACUCCCCUGGUUGCGGUGCAAUUGCAAUCAUCUCGCUGCCUAGCUAGCUGCUGCCUAGCCAGCCACUUUCACUGGUGACCUACUGUUACGACGUCCUGGCUCGCCGGUGACGCGCCACCUUCCACACACCGUGUGCCGAUGACGAGCGCGCGUGUAGUGGUGUACGCGCACGCGUGAGCCCUGUGCGUGAGGAGGAGCGCGUGCGAUUGCACCGCGAGGCCUGUUCACGAUUCGUCCGCGCGCACGCACAACCGUUAAGCGCAACCAGAAGGGAAGAGAAGGGAAGAUUGCGGUAGCUGUUCGCAGAACAACUUCUUUGAACGUGGCUCUGCCCGAUUGGUCGUUUCUCGUCGAUACGAUCGUGUAUAUAUAUAUAUAUGUAUAGAGGAGAACUUCCUUUGAGAAGGGAUCGCGUACUCUGCGAACUUUGUUCAAACGAUUUUUCUCGCCAAUUCGCCAAGUUCGUUUCGCUCUUUGCGAAAUUUUGGGAGUUUAUUUCGUAGGUUAUCCUAUUGUUUUUAAAGAUAUUGGGCAGGGAAUAACGUAUAUCUGGGGAUUGAACGUGAGGUUAUAGUUGCCACGACCCUGAGUAAAGUUCGAGCCGCUUAUCUCUUCUCGCACGCUUCCGUUUGCUGUUCGAAACAUGUUUAACGCUCAAUUUACCUCGCGAGCAUCGCGUAAUAUAUCCGCACGAAAUGCACACGAUAUCUGGAUCGUUCUCUGGAGAUAGUUUGGGUAGCUGUUGAAAAGCAUGCGUAUAAAUUAUGCAGGGUGAUUUUCGAAAGAUAAAAAUUCGGAGGAGAAAUAAAUAUUUCGCGAUUCUCGUCCAACUUUCAGUCGUUCGAUCGUUGGAAUAUCUCGAUAAAUAGAAUUACGAAUAUCGCAUUAGGUUCGGCUCGCUGGAAAGUGUCAAAUUUCGCCAGAUAUUUCCCCCUUCUAAAGUUUCCUCUAAAGUGAAUGGAGAGAAGAGGAGGAAGCGUGGUAACGGAGAUAGAGAAAGAGGUCCGUUGGGAGAGAGAGCUAUUCGUGAACGGUGUAUUCGUUGAUGUAAACUACUCGAUGAUGUAUUUUGAACGCUGGUGGUGGUCCCCUCUCGAAACCGCAUUCAGACGAUACAAACGUCCCGAGGAAUUAGCGGAAUCUUUUUGCGAGUUUAGAGAAGAGAGGAUAAAAUUGCUCGAUGCAGGACGACUCGCGGAGUGAAUUUUAUUAUGGAAAUGAAGGGGUACGGGAAACGCGAUCGGUUGCCAUUUUUACCAAAUUACGUUCUUUCCUCGUUCUUUCUCUUUUUUAACAUCUCUCGACCUUUUUUUGAAUUCCUUUAUAUAUAUAUGAUAAAUAAAAUUCGUUGUCGCUAGGUUGGUUCUAUCGAUCACACCGGAUCGCUUUAAUCAUCUAUUCUAUCUCGUCCUCUCGUUCCUCGUCAGUCUUCCCAAUUAUCCUGCAGCGUUCAGGACUUUGCCAAAGUGCCAAACUAUCGGAUUACCAACACUGCGAGGCAACAUACUCUCUCGAUUCCCCGAGAUUAACAUCGACAUACUUUGCGCGCAAACAAUAAUCAUCAUCAACCGCAUGGUAAACAGACAACGCGUUCAAAAUUUUGUUGUCGAAAUUGUUACUUUGCCCUCAACAAUUUUUCCCUCCUCCCCCUUUUGUAACCAAUUAAGAUUGUACGAACCGUGUCCAAACAAUAAUAAGAGUUAACGGCGCGUUAACCGAUAUCUCUCGUCGUGAGUUCUUUAUUAUUAACCGUGAAACACAUCUGGCCAACAUUGAAACCGUCCAUUAAUACAAUUGGCGGACCGUUUCUCGUAAAAAAAGGGGAAAAAACCGUCCUCGGCUCGAACGUUGGAUUCACGACAGGAAAACGCGGAAGAGAAACGCAGGCCGUUGCCUCGAGAGGGCAAGGUGCAUGAACCAUGGGUGGUUGCGCAAGCCGCAACCUCCUCCUCGUGUACCUGACCAUGCAGGCCGGGUCUCGGUUCUGGUGAGACCAUGAUCGCACGCAACAUGCAUAAAUUACGUGGAACGAACGUGCACGCCUAUACACACAAAGGGCAACGUCGUGAUCCUGCGGCGGUGAAAGUUGCCCGAGGUCAACCCGCUGGCGACCAUUCUUCACGCAUCGUGGAAAUGGGAAAAACUGACGUUUAUCGCGAUACCAUGAUGUUCUCGAAAAUAUCAGAAUCGAUAAUUCUUAGCUUGUUUAAAAUGGCACCGAAAAUGGUAUUAAGUACCAUUUUUUGGUACCUAAUUAUUCGGACGAGAAAAAAAUGGAUAUUUCGAUCGAAAAUAUCGAUAUAUAUUGAAUUUUGUAGAUUUUGUGGAAAUGGCAUCAAAAUGGUAUCAAGCACCGUUUUUGGUAAGCAUUUCGAAAAGAAUAAUGACGUUUAGAUUGAAAAUAUCGAAAUUUUAUCGAUAAUCUUGAAUUUCGUAGAUUUUGUGGGAAUGGCACUGAAAUGGUAUCAAGUACCAUUUUUGGUACGUAUUUUGAAAAGAAUAAUGAUAUUUAGAUUGAAAAUAUCGAAAUUUGCUCGGGAAAUCUUAAAUUUCGUAGAUUUUUUGGAAAUGGUAUCGAGUACCAUUUUUUGGUAAUCGAGUAUUUUGAAGAAGAAAGAUGAUAUUUAGAUUGAAAAUAUUAAAAUUUAACGGACAAUCUUUAAUUUCCCAUGUUUUGCAAAUGGUAACGAUCAGCUAUUAUUUUUGGUAAUAUCAAAUAUUUCCCAUUAAUUUCUAAAGAAUAUUGCGUAGGAAAGAAAAUGCUGGUAUGAAAAAAGGUAAGUAUUCUUAUAUCGCGAUUUAUGCGUGUCUCGUUGAACCAUGAAUCUACAAAUUAUAAUUGCAGCUUCGUUUGCGGCACUAUUCACAUGUCAAUCUAAACGCGCGUCCCAUUUCCGCUCCACUCACUUUCACUUACAGUCAUAUUUAUACUUUGACAUAUGUAUGCUCUGUACCGUAACUUUUGUGCAAUGCUCAUAAUUCGAAAUAUUAUAUCACAGUUUAAUUCGAUUGAUUUUAUAGGAGGAAAAAAAUUAUUUUGAAAUUUUAAUCGAAUAAAUUAUAUCAUCGUAUUUUAAACUAUUAACACGCUUAUUGCAUGCCGAUGUUAUUACGGAAAAAUAAAACGGUGAUAAAUAUAUAAUAUAUUUAACUAUUCGAAUCGUUUAUUUCAUUAUGGAAAGUGAGCCUUUAAAUUUUUGGUCGUAAAAUUUACAUCGUAUAUUAUUUAUGUCGUAUGAAACACUGAAAAUUUAUGUAUAUGAAUUUUAUAUUUAUAUAGAAAUUUAAAUUUAUGCGCACUAAAUUUUAAUAAGUUCUAUUCUUUCUAUUAGUUAAUACUAUACUUUCAAAUUUUUGAACCGAAUCAAAUAUUUUUACAGAAAUAUUUUCACAAAUCACAAAGUUCUUUUUCGAAAACUUUACCGAUAACUAAGUAACAAUCGUGCAAAGUACAUUGAAAGCAUUGAAAGAUAUUUCGUGUUGUAUAAGAGAGAGAAAGAGGUCGCGGUGACUGGAAAUGUAAUGUCAUUGCACUUCGGAAGCCCUGCAAAGCUUUCAAGCUCGUAAAGCAUCGAUGAACGCAUGUAGUUUCAUCGGGGUUUUGGAAUUUUUAGGGCGUACGCUUAUUUCAGCGAAAAAAUCUUACGUAAGGAAUCGCAGUUUCAUCGCGUACAAAAGAUUCGAUAAUUUCAUUUUGUGUCAAAAAUAUAAAGAUAUCGAGAUAUUAAAAGCAUUAGAAAAUUCUGAUUUAAAAGAAAAAAAGGAUUUAUCCGUAAAAAUAAUUGUUAAAAUUAUUACGUUUUGUAACAUAUCAAUUGAUAUAGCUAAAAAUAUAAAAUAGUAUCUCUAAUUAAAAACUUUAAAGAUUUUAACAUGCAAGAAUAUUAAAAUACACGCGUACAAUCCAUCGUAACAUUUUCUUACACGUUUUAAUUUCUAUUGCACAACUUUGUAGCUAUUUAAACGCUUAAUUUGAGAAGUCAGUUCGUAAAGUGGCGAAAUAUGUCGAAAAUAUGCGAUAAAUCGACCAAUAAGGAAGCUCGAAUGGAUCGAAGGAAAGUGGGGCAAGGAUACGGAAAAAGUCGAUUUUUGCCGAAGAUCAGUAGUUCGUAGAUCCUCGAAGCGUGUAUGAGUGUUUCGCGUGUUGCGUCCUUGAAGCAAAAUUGCCGAGCUAUGGCGUCUUUUGUUGCCGUCGUUUAACAUGGACAGGAUGGGAAGAAUCUGCGCGGUAUACGAUUAGCGAGAUUCUUUCGCCGUACUAAUUAGAGUUGUGGGAGAAUUUUAAAAGCACGAAAAACGAUGACGGUCAGUUGAUAGGGAUUUGUCCAACAACAAUCGACACUGACAAUCCGACCAAUCCGACCAAUCCGAAGACUAGCAAUCCAUUGGAACGCCACGGCCUUGACAAUCCAGAAACCACGCUACCCACCUGCUGUCCGCGUUAUCCGCCAGGAUCUACGUUGCUGGAGUGUCGCUUCGAAGGUGAUCAACCUGUGGCAAAUGUUGUCCAGGUACCGGGGUGCGCCAAUAACCACCCAAAGACGUGUUUUCUCCUCGAGACGCAGGCGUCGAGAUCCGGGCCGACCUCCAGGAUCGCGUGUUACCCCCAAAAGGACCCGAUAAAAUCGAUCCAAAAGCACUUGGCGUGCGAGGAGAACGAGGAGGCUGGGAAGAUGUCGAUGGCGUACACGUUGGAGUCCCGCGAGUGCUCGGACGGGCCGUUCGCCCGCGCGAUGAUAAUCCCCUCGGAGGAGUCGGCCGUGAACAACUCGAACAAAGUAACCUCCCUGCACGUGUGCAAGGGGAAGAACCACCCCGUGCACCCCACCUCCAAGAUAAUGUACGGGCCGAGGCUGGACAAGUGGCCGCGGAAGGGGAGGUGCGAGAACGAGGAGGACGCAGGGCGGGAGACGGCGCCCGUCUCGUUGAUCGGGUGCACGGCCAGCAGGAAGCAGGCCACGGCGAGGAUCACCAAGUGCCACACGAGGGAGGGCGAGCGGGGCUCGGCUGGGCUGGGCGCCAAGAGGUGCCUCGAGACCCACGUGCCCCGCAACACCGACCGGCCCACCGCCGUUUCCUUCGUCCUCCCCCUCGACAAGCCGGCCGCCUGCCACCACAGCGUCAUGGAGGCGAGGGUGGACGAGUGCGGCCCCCGCACCCGCAUGGUCAGCUACCCCCACGAGGACAACUUCUCCGGCUACAUGGAGUCGAGGAACGUGGAGGACGGGCCCGCCGCGAGGAUAAUGCAGCAGUCGCUGGACACGGUGGACGGGGCGAACGGCUACUACGCGGCCGAGGGGAUGGCGGAGGAGGGGCGCAAGCUGUGCCGCGCGUCGUCGGGCUGCGCGACGAGCUGCGCCAAGAAGCAGAAGCAGUUGCAGUGCGAGGGCAGGCCCGCCGCCCCCCUCGCCGCCAAGCCGAGGGACGAGGACUCGAGGGGCAAGGAGCAGUGCCUGGGGAUGAGACGGUUCCCCAGGGGCAAGGUGUGCCCCGCGUACUGCUGCAAACCCACGCCCAGGCCCAAGUCGUGCACCACCAAGUACGACAAGGAUUGCCGCAAGCCGGAGGGCAAGCCGGACCCGCCCGCCUGCCCCCCCCCGUCCGCCGAGAGGCCCAAAACCUUCACCGACGCUCACCUCCACCCGAAGAAACCGGACGGGGUGAAAACCUACAAGUUCUUGCUCGUCCCCUGCACCAUAGUGGACAAAACGCGGCCGCCGGACGACUGCACCAGGCCCAAGGAGAAGAAGGAGAGGCUGGACUGCGGCGAGGAGAGGGAGAGGGAGAAGGUAGAGUGCGACGAGGAGGAGAUUCCAAAGAUCAGUUCGGAAGAAUUGCUCACUCGUUACAGGGAUUACUUCUCGCCCAACACCCUUCACCGUUACGAGGUCUGCCGUUCCAAGAGGAACGGCCUCCAGGAUCAGUGCAAGCUUCCUAUCCCGCGCGCCGUUAUCGAAUUGAAGAUGAAGGAGCUGAGAGCCAGCAGACAGAGAAAGUAGAGGGAUAAAUGGACGGGAGGGGAGGGGAGGGGACAGGCGCUUCGAAGCUGCGCCCCAAGUAUACUCGAGAAAAAAGGAAAAAAAAAGGAAAAAGAAAAAAAGGGAAAAAAAAUUGUAGUUCUCGAAAGUGGAAUUGUAAUUGUUUCGGUCUAUGAAAUCUUUGUGGAAUAAAAUCAUCAUACGAUGCAUUGAAAUAAAUAAUGAAACGAGGUGUGUGUUUCAGCUUUCGUUGUUUUUUUUUUUUUUCUUUUUUCUUCUCUUUAGAAUUAGGAUUUUUCGACCAGCGAAUUUUUCCGUUCUUUCUUUCAUUUAAAAGAAAACGGAUGGAUCCCCGGCGAAAACGGAGCCACCGAUCCUCGCCGAUUCUCGCCGUUAAACGUCGUUACUUUCACGUCGAAAGCUUCGUCGUUUUGCGAAAUUAAAAAAAAAAAAAAACGAUUAAGAGAACGACGACUUAGAAAUACUUAGCGUUGAAAUCUUGAUAAACUUAAGCUCGAACUCGGUAGAAUUAUUGCACGGAGAAUUCAAAACAAACGAACGAACCGGUAAAAUCCACUGGGAAAUCUAAAAAGCGAAUAAACAAUAUGAAAAAAUUCAAAUCUCGGGAAUUGCACGCAGGAGUUGUUUACAUAGACUGCGACUGCUAUCAUCGAAACGGGCUGCAGCACGAUUGUCCGCGAACUUCUUGCACUGGUCCUCCUUGCAAAGUGAAACCUUGGCCCAAAUGCGACUUGGGUAUGUACUUUAUGAACAAGUGGAACAAAUAUUACGAAUUUUUAGAUACAGUGCCGCCGAUAUCAUUUUGCGGCUCGAAAGAGAAGUGGCAGGCGAUUCUCGAGGAGGAAAGGCAAAAAUUGAAAGAGAAGCUCGAGGAGAAAGAGCGUGGAGAGAAGGAGGACGCCGACGUUAAAACCGAGCGUGUACGCGAGAUGCUUGCCGACGCAAAAUAAACAGAGAGAGAGAGAGAGAGAGAGAAAAGUAAAAAAAUAAAAAAACAACAAACGACGAAAAUUCGAUCGGAUAAAUUUAUCCCCUCGACUCUUACAUGACGUCUCGUUUCGAUGAGUUGGGGAAAACUCGACUGGAAGACGACUGGAAGAAAAGAAAAAGCCUUCGAUAUUUAUCGAUCGAAUAAACAUUCAUAAUGGGCGUUCGAUUAGUAUGCGACGCGGGGCCGCAGUCAUUUGCGGCUAUUUGCGUUUUGUGAUUCUUUCCACGUUGGGAACGCGUACACUAAAAGAAACAAAUGAACCGAACGUGUGUACCGGAAGCCGCGGUACACAGCCGCGCGUCUCCGCCAAGAAUACUGUUUUAUUUCCGGCACGGCCAAUAUACCAAAAUACCACGAAUUUCUUCUCGUUGGAAAACGAGCGUCGUAAACCAGCUUGGAAACUGAAUUCCUUUCUCGACGACGCUUCGAGAAAAAAAGCUUUUAGGAAAACACGCGUUCGAAAUAUAACGGCGCAUUUCCACCCGAUCUCUCCGCGGAAAGUUGUAAAACGCGGCAAGUUACGCUGCCGUUACGUUCCUACCCUCUCCCUUCUUCGAAGUAACUGGAAGAAAAAUUGUAUUUAUACGAGAUAAACCGUUUCGCUCUAAAUAUCCAUUUCGUAAUUGGCGUUAUCUUGUACAACCCAUUCGGAUUGACGUACUACACAGCGAGGAAGGAAAAACGCUUCUAUCUGAAGUGGUGAGAUUUUCCAAGUGCUCUUCAAACAAGAAAUUAGCCUUCUUCCGUAUAGGACCAACACGAUAAUUACGUUUUUCUUAUCUUCAUCUUCUUAUUCGUAGCUAAAAUACUCGAAAAUUAACUUGAAUUCUUUCUGGCUCUUUAAAACUCUCUCUUUAGAAAAAUUCUUUUAUAUGGUAGCAACUUACGAGCCAAUGAUUAUAUUUUUCUUAUUCUAAAAAUAAUCGAAAAUUAACUCGAAUUCCUUCUGGCCUCUUUCUUUCCAAACUUUAAAAUUAAUAUCAAUAUAGCAUCAACACGAUAAUUACAUUUCUCUUAUCUUCAUCUUCCUAUUCUAAAACAAUCGAAAAUUAAUUCGAAUUUUUUUAAAAUUAUAUAGUAUAUGGUAUACCAAUACAAAUAAUUACAUUUUUCUUAUCUUCAUCUCCUUAUUCGUAGUUAAAAUAAAAAUACUCGAAAAUUAACUAUACAUAUACAGUUUUAUAAAAAUAGAAAGCGGAAUCGAAAAAAACAAGAGUUAAAAAUUUCGAAUAAAAUUACUCGAUCAUUUAUCAAAA